UAUGAGUAAAAAGGACAAAGACUAUACAGGGUAACUAGAUUUAUUGUAUAAGCUAGAUUUCCAGGUGAUUGCAAUCAGACUUAAUUAAAAGCUUUGAGUGAUUUUAGAAAUAUUGUAAAUUAGAUGGGAUUGAGUGAGAAAAUAUAUGAUGAUCCAUAUUUAUUAAGAUUUCUAAGAGCCAGAAAAUUUGAUUUAGGGAAAACUCAAUAAAUGUUUAAUGAUUUCAUAAAGUGGCGAAAAGAGAAUGAUGUUGAUAAUAUUAUGGUAUUAAUAUGAUUAAACAUAGACAUACAUGUUUGAUGAAUUACCAUAAGUAAGAACACAUUAUCCUCAUGGGUAUCAUAAGACUGAUAAAAUGGUAUAAUCUAAAAUUAAUAAUAAAGGGAAGACCUAUUUAUAUAGAAAGAAUUGGAAUGCUUCAAUUAAAUAAGUUGUUUGAAGUGACUACAGAACAACGUUUAAUUAAAUAUUACAUCCAAUCCUAUGAAUUAUUGCUAAAAAGAAUCUUUCCUGCAUGUUCAUAAGCAAAAGGAACAAAAAUUGAAUAAUCUUUCACAAUCUUAGAUCUUAAAGGAGGAUCUAUGAAGAUGGUUUCAAAAUAAGUUUACAACUUUAUUUAAUUAGCCUCAAAUAUUGGUUAAAACAAUUAUCCAGAAAUUCUUGGAAAGUAAUUAAUUAUGAUAAUUCAUUUAGAAUGUAUAUUGUUAAUGCACCUAUGAUGUUUACUGGAAUUUGGGCAAUGAUUAAGAUUUGGUUGGAUGAAAAAACAAAAAAUAAAAUAACUAUCUUAGGUUCCUCUUAUAAAGAAGAACUGUUAAAACAUAUUGAUAUAGAUAAUUUGCCUGAUUUUCUUGGUGGUAAUUCAAAAUGCGAAAAUACUGAUGCUUUAUCAUUAAAUAUUGGACCAUGGAAUCCAGAUGGAACUAAACCCUUAUUUCCAGUAGAAAAUCCACCUUAAAUUGGGUAUUCUAUAAUUAACUAACGCAUUUAGUGAUGAAUUAUAAUAAUAAAUUGAACAGACUUAAGAAGAUGAGGAUCAAUAAUAAUAACUAGACUAAUUAAAAAAUGCACUGGCUGAUAUGAAAUUAUCUGCUCCUGUUGAAAAAGCCCCUCAUAAUCCCAAUAAAUAUGAGGUCACUACAUAAAACAAUCAUAUUGUUAGUGAUACUCCUUUAAAUACGGAAGUGGUAUGAACUUAAAAUAAUUUUAGGGUGAAGAAGAUAAUUAAUUUUCAUAAUAAUAACAAUAAUAAUUAUAUUAAUAGUUGCAACAAGAGUGAU